CCAUUAAUUCAAUCAAGAAUCGAUACACAAGUAGUCAACAUGAGUUCGAUUUGCUUGGUUGCGUUAUUUGUAGUUAAUACAGUUUUAGCUAAAAGUAUAUUGAGAUACAAUCCUGAAGAUGCAACUGAACAUUUCGAAACAUUUAUAAGGACUUACGACAAGGAAUAUGAUGAAACCGAAAAAGCAGUAAGGUUUGAAAUAUUUAUGAAGAAUUUAGAAGAAAUAAAUGAUCUCAAUAAACGAAGCGACAGCGCUGUCUUUGGUAUUACGGAAUUUACUGAUUUAACGUCUGAAGAAUUUAUACAACAGUAUACGGGCUACAAACGCAGCAACCAUACUUCUAAUAAAACGAAACCCUUACGUAACAGUGGAAAAAAGACAAAUAUGAAAUUGAAAGAUACACCGGAAUCAUUCGACUGGCGUGACAAGGGAGUGGUCAGUGCAGUGAAAUCUCAAGGCCAAUGUGGGUCCUGCUGGGCGUUUAGUAUUAUCGGUAACGUGGAAAGUGCUUACGCGAUUAAAACUAACAAAUCCGUCGUUUUGUCUGAACAACAAUUAUUGGAUUGCGAUAAAAAAUGCGGUGGAUGUGAUGGCGGAGAUACGACGAUGGCAUGCGAGUAUUUACAGCAGUAUGGCUCGAUAACCGAGAGAAGUUAUCCUUACGAAGCCAGCAAUGGCAGGUGCAAAUACAACUCUAAUAAAGUUAAAGUUAACGUUGCAAGUUGUAUGGCUGUAAACGUGACGGAAGAUAAGUUGGCAGAAAAAUUAAUAAGUAUUGGACCACUCUCUAUAGCACUCGACGCUUCUGCACUGCAAACGUACCACGGUGGAAUCUUAACAAAUGACUCAUGUUCAGCGACGGAUAUUAACCAUGCAGUUUUGCUUGUCGGUUACGGAACAGACGAAGCUGGAAUUAAAUAUUGGCUUGUGAAGAACUCCUGGGGAACAAUUUUCGGCGAAGACGGAUACUUCAAGAUGCAGCGGGGAGUUAACUGUCUCGCCUUUAUGAAAGACCCACAUUUAUCUGCUGUACGACAAUGUUAUUUCUUUUUACAUUCGUUCCUACAAAGCGUCGACAUGAGUUCAAUUUGUUUAAUUGUGUUAUUUGUGGUUAAUUUGGUUUUAGCUAAAAAUAUAUUGAGAUACAAUCUCGAUGACGCGGCCAAACAUUUCGAAACAUUUAAAUUAACUUACAAUAAGGAAUAUGACGAAACAGAGUCAGCGUUACGAUUUGCAAUAUUUGUAAAUAAUUUGAAAAAAAUUAAUGAUUUUAACGACGAAAGCGAAAGCGAUGUUUUUGGUAUAACACAAUUUAGUGACUUGACGUCUGAAGAAUUUAUACAAAUGUAUACUGGUUACAAAAGCAACAACCGCACCGAUAAUAUUGUGUUUCGUAAUGAAAUUGAAGAUAACUAUAUAGCAGAAGAUACACCAGAUUCCUUCGACUGGCGUGACCUAGGAGUGGUCAGUGAAGUGAAAGCUCAAGGCCACUGUGGUUCCUGCUGGGCGUUUAGUGUUAUAGGUAAUUUGGAAAGUGCUUACUCUAUUAAAUAUCAACAAUCUGUCAUUUUGUCCGAACAACAAUUAGUUGAUUGCGAUAAAACUUCUAGUGGUUGUAAAUAUGGGACAUUAGAACACGCGUGCGAGUACUUACAGCAAUAUGGUUCCAUGACAGAAGCUAGUUAUCCUUAUGAAGAAAAAGAAAACAUUUGUAGGUACAGUUCUAACGAUAUCCAAGUUAAAGUUGCAAGUUGUUUGGUUAUACAAGGUACAGAAGAUGAGUUGGCCGAUAAAUUAUUCAGUAUUGGCCCAUUGUCUAUUUCAAUCGACAGCCUUCACUUACAAGGUUAUAAUGGUGGUAUAUUACCAAAUAAAAAAUGCCAGGGGGGGCAACCUAACCACGCGGUCCUCUUGGUUGGUUUUGGGACAGAUAAGAAUGGUGAGAAAUAUUGGAUAGUAAAGAACUCUUGGGGUACUGAUUUUGGAGAGCAGGGCUACUUCAAAAUGCCGCGUGGCGUGAACUGUCUCAAUUUUUUGAAUGAUCCGGCUUAUACUGCUGUAGUAGCUUAAUGACCUUGUCUAUGUUAUUUGAAUGUAAUUUGCAUUCCCGCUAAUAAAUGAAUUCGGACCCUUUA